UGCAAAUGUCGACAAGGAGACACUAUUUCUGAUUUCUUCCGAAGAAAGUUACGUUAUCUGAGUGAAAAAGUCACAAAAUCGUAUCUAAAAUGGGUAGGAAAACAAAGCUACCCCCACUUCGGCCACCGAGCUGCACAAGCCCGAUCUAUGACCCUGGAGCCAGGGAUCCUCGCCGUGUGCGUCUCCCACAGAUUGUCAACACCCCACUGGUGACGACUGUACAGGGACAGAACAACCUUGGACGACGUGUCAGACCACCUACAGGUUCUCACCACAGCACAUCAGUGCACUCCGUGAACUACUUGCCACACCCACCUUGCAGCCGUGAACCAGCAGCCUACAAUGACAACACCCAGAUGCCUCACCCUAGUUUCAAGGACUACCAGGUCAGACGACCAGUCAACUCCCAGUUGGAUCUGACCCUGCCAAGCAUCAACAAUGGACUUUCACGUAGACAUGUCCGUUUGCUCCGGAGACAGCAGAUGUCUCACAUGACGUAUGGUGGGAACGAGAGACUCAGCCCUCAAGGAGGACCUGGAAGCAGCCACCACUCUCCUGAAGCAGUGCCUCUAGCGAUCCAUGGACAGAGGAUCUACACCCCAUUUACUCGCUCCCCCGGGGAAGGCAUGGAGGACCCAGUCUCAGACGUCAGCUCCGAGGAGAUUUUCCCCUUGGGUGGAUCAGACAGCACAACCACAGUGCAGCGCCUCAACCUGUCCGAGGUACCAUCUCUCAACCUGCCACAGAUCCCCAGGCGAUCUCCACGACUCCUCACACCCCGGCUGAUGGCCCAGGACUACGCAGCUGAUGACAUGAGGUCACCCAGCCCCAGCACAUUACCCCAUCUUCCUCGCAUCAGGAAACACAAGAGGAGGGCCGCCACUGAUGAUUGCUAGACAACUCUUGAAGACACAACACAAGUAUUUCAAAAUCAAUAUUUAGGCAGUUAAGGUGAAACUUUAUUUAGAUUUUAUGUAACAUUUGGCAACAAAGAACCUAUUUUCUAGUUAAAGAGUGUCUUUUCAGGUCUUCAAAAGUGAAAUUAUAUUUAAUACUAGCAACAAAAUUUGGGGUUAAUUGGUACAUGGGUAGCUAUUUUCCUAGAAAACAUUACGAGCAACGUUUCGAACAAUAUAAAGGGUAAGAUUUCUAUUGAUACCAUUUUAGUAUAGCAGUGAAUUCGACAACUUGUGUUCAACUUUUAUUUGACAGUUAUGAUGAGAUAUUUUAGCCUUUUCUUGAGGCAUGCGAUUUUGUUAUUACUGACAUUUUGCCUUACUUUUUAAGGCUAUAUCCUACUGAGAACCCUGUGAUACUGUUUCAUGAUAUGUUUUAACCAGAUUUUUAUGAAGUAUUGCCACAGUAUACAAUGUACAGUACACUGAUUGAACUCACGAUGCCUCAAUUUGCCAGACACUGAAUUAUAUGUAGGGCUGCUUUGAGGAUAGAGGAAUAUACAUAUCUUGCAAAACAUAGGUCUUAUGACAGUGUCCACCAAGUUAGCAUACUGCUCUGACUCAGAACACUUUAGUAGUUUCCUAUCCAAUAUGGACAAGUAUUAUGUAAUUUAUAAGGUCUUUUCAAAAUGAUGAUGCAGUUCAGUGUUAUCACGCGUUUUUCAAUGGGGCACAAGUGAAAUGAUAUUACUUUGAAGUAAUGAUGCAACAACUGGCCAUGUUAUUUUCAGAAUCUAGUCAAUAAACUAAGAAAUUACCUCAUGUUUGUUAAGUGGAUUAUAUGAGAUAUUAAUCAAUCAAUAAUUGCAUUUGUGCUCUAAAUGUCAUCAUUGAAUGUGAAGUUAGCAAAAUCACAAUAACUAACCUGAACUGCUCAAUCAAGCUAUCAGUUAUACCACAAGGGUUGGGAGUUGAAGAAGUAAUUUUCUUAUUACCUGAACAUGUGUGAAGCUUGGUAUUGACAUAUUGGUAUUCAGUUUUACUGAUAAAAGUAUCUAAGCGAUGUCAUUCAUGGCCAUGGGUGUUUUGACAGACAUAAAAUGCCACAGCUGUUACAUACAAUUGAUCACAGCACAUAUCCAUCAUUUCAUGGUUAGAGAUAGUCUGUAUCAUAGAGUCAUAUCAUAUCUUGAGUCAAGGUCAUCUGUCAAACUUGAUGCCUUGGUCAGAGCAACAUGACCAUCUCCACUUCUGAUGCAGCUGUAUCUCGUAAGAUCACAGAACAUCAUUCGGUAUCAGCUGUACUGAGGUCACAGAUGGGAUUCAACUUCUGAUGUGCUUAUCAGACACCUGGUUUACGAUAGAGAUAAUCUGCCAGGUGACACCUUGUCUACCAUAGAGGCUAACCCAAUCUGCCAGGUGACACCUUGUCCACCAUAGAGGCUAACCCAAUCUGCCAGGUGACACCUUGUCUACCAUAGAGGCUAGCCCAAU